GGCUGGUGCAAGCAGUCAAUGGGUGUAUGGAUGCGUCUUUUAGCCCUUGUGUGAGCGAGUAAGACCUUAUCAUUCCCAGUCUAGUAUUCGUAAAUUUUCUCGUACCUGUAGGCCAAUAUAAGGUAAUUGAUGCUCUGCCCCUCCAAAUUGUGCCCCUCCAUCAUCACGACGGCCCCUCCAGAACCAUCAUCUUUUGCUAUCAUUUUUACAGCAGACGCAAAGAUAUCGCGAAUCUCUCUCUUCAAAGCCAGUGCAUAUAAGAAAUCAGACCAACAUGGGUUCCAUCUCCAGCGAAACACCUGCCCUGCGCAACAAUCCUCCUGCCAUCUUCUUCACCGACUUCGAUGGCACCAUCACCACUGCCGAUUCGAACGACUUCAUGACCGACAAUCUCGGUUUUGGAAAGGAGAAGCGCGUGGGUCUGAACAAGGAUGUUCUCUACGGCCGCAUGGCGUUCCGCGACUCGUUCCAGGAAAUGCUCGACUCCGUCGACACCCCGUUCAAUGAGUGCAAGGAGAUCCUGAAGAAGAACAUCAAGCUCGACCCCGGGUUCAAGGACUUCUACGCCUGGAGUCGCGAGAACAACGUGCCCAUUGUAAUUCUGUCGGGUGGCAUGACGCCCAUUAUCAGCAUGUUGCUGGACAACCUGCUGGGCGAGGGCUGGGACAUUCAGAUUGUCAGCAACGACGUCCAGUCGCGGGACGGCAAGGACAUCAACACAAAGGGCGGAUGGUCCAUCAAGUUCCACGACGAGACUGACUUCGGCCACGACAAGAGCCUGGAGAUCAGGAAGUACUCUGGCCUCGAAGGGCGGCCGACGAUGUUCUACGCUGGUGAUGGUGUCUCGGAUCUCUCUGCCGCCAAGGAGACAGAUCUGCUCUUUGCCAAGGCUGACAAGGACCUGGUGACAUGGUGCGAGAACGAAAAGGUCCCCUUUGUGACCUUCAGAGACUGGACCAGCAUCACGCAAACGUGCAAGGAGAUCCUGGAUGGCUCAUUGGCCCUCAAGGAUGCCGCCAAAGGCCGCCUGGAUUAAACACGUGAAUGAGAUGAACGACGAACGACUUUUCAGAUACGAGGCAACCAAUAGAAAAGGCUGAUAGAAGCUUCUGCGCAUUUGGAUAGACUUGGAAGAGGGCGAAUCACGAUCUCAUUACUUCUUUCAUUCCCACA